AGUCUCUAUUUCAUUGAUAGUAUUGUCGCUUUAAAGUGCAAAAUUCUAAAUUAACAAUUUUUUCAAAAAGACCUAACAAAAAGUACUGAUACUUUAGGGCUGAAAAUUAUGGAUAACUCGUGGUUCAUCACUUUUAUUGUAGGCUGUAUUGUGGGGUAUUUGAUAGGCAAGCAUAAUUAGAAAAAGUUUAUUUUAGGCUUUACAAGUUCCAAACCCACUACUUUCGUUUUAUAAAAUGGAUGUAGAUUGGGUAAUUACAUUUCUAGCUGGCUGUUUGGUGGGAUACGUCGUGGCCAAGAAUACCUGAGGAUAGGCAAGAAAUCUUUGGGUAAAGUUCGCCUGAAAUCUUAUGCCAUCCUGAAAUUCAAAAUCCCGACUGGACUGGAUUUUGAUUGGGAAGAUAACAUUUGGUAUCAAGCGCUUGAAAUCAUUUUCUUACUUUCGAAACCUAAGAAAAAAUCAAAAUGACGCACGUUAUAUCCUUCGCCUUGGGCGUGAUUAUCGGAAUGAUGAGCUGCCGAAAGUGCUAAGCCUAAGCUCCCAAAAAGAAAAUUAUAACUUAAAUCAAUUAUGAGGAACAUUGCAUAUAUUAAAAUGAACAAUAAAU